AUGCGUUUUACUCUCCUCACCCUCGGGGCUUUGGUGGCCAGCGUCAUUGCUGCCCCCUCAUCCACACAUGUCCUGCAUGAGAAGCGUAGUACUUUGCCCUUCGGUUGGGAAAGACACAACAAGCUCCCCAGCCAUGAGAUAUUGCCCAUGCGGAUCGGACUCAAGCAAAGCAACUUGGAUAAAGCCGAAGAUUUCCUCAUGGAAGUGUCCCAUCCCAGCUCACCAAAAUACGGGCAACAUUGGUCCGCAAAGAAGGUUGCCGAGACCUUUGCACCCAGCCGGGAAUCUUUUGAUGCGGUAACUGUGUGGUUGAAGAGCUCUGGCAUUUCUUCUGAGCGAAUUUCCAGGUCUCAGUCCAUGGGAUGGUUGACUUUCGAUGCUACCGUCGCCGAGGCCGAGAAUCUGCUGAAGACGGAAUUCUUCAUGCACAAGCAUACCACUGGCAAACCCCAUGUCGGUUGCAAGGACUAUUCCAUCCCCGAAUUUGUCCAGCCUCAUGUCGACUUUAUCACGCCCACUGUCCACUUUGACACGAAAAUCCCUCAAGGUAGACACAUGGAGAAGCGAGAUAUGCCCCUCGAGAAACGAGUUCCACCGACGAUUGCUGCUGCAGGAGUGCCGGUAGAAUCCAAGGCCGCCGUGCACAAGAUCACAGACCCUAGUGGUGGCUAUCUUCCUAAGAAGGGAGCUGAUAUCAACAUUCAGAGUAUCAUCACAGAACUUGAAACCUGUGACGAAUUCAUCGUGCCUGAUUGCUUGCGUGCGCUCUACAGCUUCCCUCCCAACUUUGCUGCAAAUUCUAAAAACAGCUUUGGCAUCGUUGAAUACACACCGGAAGCCUAUCUUCAGGGCGAUCUGGAUCUCUUCUUUGCCAACUUUUCCAAGAACCAAGUCCAGAAGACUCCUACUUUCGAUUCCAUCGAUGGUGGUGUCCUGCAGACGACGGAGGAAAGCUUCGAAUACAACGGCGAGUCGGACCUGGAUCUUGAGUAUGCCAUGACUCUGGUCAAUCCCCAGCCCGUCACACUGUAUCAAGCGGGAGACUUGAUUGAGGGUGCUUCUUUCAACAACUUCCUCGACGCCAUCGACGGCUCAUACUGUACCUACGAGGGAGGAGAUGAUCCAACUCAGGACGCUGUCUAUCCUGAUCCCUUCGGUGGCUACGAAGGCCCCGAGAAUUGUGGUGGCUUUGCCGCGACGAAGGUUAUCUCGACUUCGUACGCCUACAAUGAAGCAGACUUGACCGCGUUCUAUGAGAUGCGCCAAUGCAACGAGUACAUGAAGCUUGGUCUUCAAGGAACUACUUUUUUCUACUCCUCUGGAGACUACGGCGUUGCCGGAAACGGUGGUCAAUGCAUCGCCGCCAACGGCAGCUACAACGAUGGCACCUCCGGCAGGUUCAAUCCAUCCUUCCCAGGAACAUGCCCCUACAUUACAUCAGUCGGAGCCACACAAAUCAAGCCCGGCGCCUCGGUCACCCAGCCGGAAGAAGCCUGUGAAACAGUCAUCUUCUCCGGCGGCGGCUUCUCCAACGUCUUCCCUCUUCCCUCUUACCAAGCGGCAGCAGUGAAGUCAUUCUUUGCCAAUCACCCACCUCCAUACACCUCCGCUCAGUAUAACAAUUCUCAGCAGACUCGAGGUUUUCCCGAUAUAUCCGCCAACGGCGCGAACUACGUGAUUGCAGUCGACGGCACCUUUUCCCUUGUCUACGGCACCUCUGCAUCUUCGCCUGUGGCUGCGUCCAUUUUCACCCUCGUCAAUGAGGCUAGGCUUGCAAUUGGAAAGAGCUCCGUCGGUUUCAUCAAUCCUGUCCUUUACGCUCAUCCUGGGGAUCUGAAUGAUAUCACGAGUGGAGGAAAUAUGGGGUGUGGGACUCCGGGAUUUACAGCAACAACGGGGUGGGAUCCAGUGACGGGGCUGGGAACUCCGAAUUUCCCUAAGCUGGUAGCUACGUUUCUGCGAUUACACUACGCCGACGAACCAGCUACACAAUCCGAGCCCGAAGCAGAUGGAGCAACCGAAGCCCAACAUGGCGACAACUCGAUAGCUGCCUCUGCAGACGCCGAUGCUGAUGCCAACACUUUCACACCCGCUGAACAAGCCGAAGAAAGGGCCGCUGCAUCAGAGGUCAACUCCGCAACCGAGGAAGCUACCGAGCAAGCCUCCUCUACCGCCGGUUCAGUGAAAUCCGCCGCGCAAACAGCUGGGAAAGCCGUUACUGGUGCUGCGCAAAGUCUUGGUGCUGCUGCCGGAUUUGGGUCGCAGGGAUCGGAAGCUGGCAGUGACGCUCCACCUGCAGAGACGUCUAAAACGGUAUAUGUGGGGAAUAUAUUCUUUGAUGUGAGGAGCGAGGACUUGAAGAAGGAAUUUGAGAGGGCGGGACCGGUGGUUGAUGUGAAGAUUAUAAUGGAUCCGAGAGGUUUGAGUAAAGGAUUCGGCUACGUCAACUUCGAAACCGUCGAAGCCGCCCAGCGCGCCAUCGAACUCUUCAACAUGCAAAACUAUGAAGGCCGCCGUCUCUCCGUCCAAUUUUCGCUCUCCCGCACAUCUAUCCCUCCCCCACGCACGCCUUACGCAAACCCGGCGGAUCGCCCAAUGCACCCUCCCACCAAGACUCUCUUCGUAGGAAACAUGUCCUUCGAUAUGAGUGAUCGCGACUUGAAUAGUCUAUUUAGAGAGAUCAAGAAUGUGAUUGAUGUGAGGGUAGCAAUUGAUAGGAGGACGGGACAGCCUAGAGGCUUUGCGCAUGCGGAUUUCACGGAUGUAGAGAGUGCGGAGAGGGCCAUGAAGGAGUUGUCAGGCAAAGUGGUCUGUGGGAGACCCUUGAGAAUUGAUUUCUCGCUGAGUGCGGGAAGGGCGGCUGUUGGCGGUUCGUAA